UAUUAUCCUUUACGACGAGUUAAUGCGUCGCGCAGUCAGUCAAAUAUUAAGAGCCCGACGUAUAAAAAAAGGACGUGUAUGCCGCCAUCGUACGGUUUGUAGGCGCGCGCGCCGGGAAAAUCAUUCGAUCGCAUCGAGCGCUAGAGUCGAACGUCGCUUAAUCGGGAAGUGUCAUCUGAACUCACGUUUACUUUUUAAUUCGAUGAGUUUUCAUGAACGGACUACGCCGGUGUUUGCGCGGGCAGUGGACAUGUCUUAAUCGUUCGUACCGCCAUGUGGUACAAAAAGAAGAUAGCCGGUCAAAAUAAGAACAGUACGCGUCUGCACCGAUACACGGAAACGUUGAAAACAAUGCGAAUCCUGAUGCUGCAAUUAGUGGUGCCGAAGCAAUGGACAACACGGAUUUUGUAAUGUUUGUGGUUACAAGUGACACUUUGCGAUUUUUGUGACGGACGGUAACAAAUUGUGAUAAAAUUUGUGGGAUAUUUUUCUUAUAAGCAGUUUUCUAUAAAAACUAGUCAAGAUGAUGUCAAAGAAGCAGUUGGCGUGCAUGUUAGCGCUGCACAUUAUGUAUUUACUGGUGGGAGCGAGCAUUUUCUACCACAUCGAGAGUCCGUUGGAAGUGGAGCAACGUGCAAAAGAAAAACUCGAAAGACUUGAAAUUCAAAAUCUUCUCUACACAAACUACAUUCCAGAUGAUCCUGAAAAACAGGACGCUAUAUUGUCAAAGUUAUCAACCUACUGCAGGGUACCGAUGCUAAGCAAUACGACUGAAGAAGAAGAGGCACCAUACAAAUGGGACUUCUAUCAUUCGUUCUUCUUCUCCUACACUGUUGUCAGUACUAUCGGAUACGGAAAUUUGGCGCCGACAACUCACCUGUCAAGAAUUCUGAUGAUAUUUUAUGGUCUGUUUGGUAUACCGAUCAAUGGUAUCCUGCUUGCGAACCUUGGCGAAUAUUUCGGCCUUCAGCUCAUCUCAGUAUAUCGCAAAUACAAGAAGAAAAACGAAAAGCGUGCCAAUAACUUAGAUUACUGCUUCAAUAACCUGGGCAUGCUGGGCCAGAUAUUCUUGUAUCUGGUCCCUGGAUUCUUGUUCUUCAUCUUUCUGCCGGCUUGCAUCUUCGUUGUAUUCGAAGGAUGGGACUACGUCGCAUCGAUAUACUAUGCGUUUGUCACUCUUACUACCAUUGGAUUUGGAGACUUGGUUGCAGGCACUGUCAACAACGGCUUUAAAUCCGGCUACUUCUUCGCAUACCAAAUAUUUCUGAUCGUGUGGAUCACCUUCGGCCUAGGCUACAUUGUAAUGUUGCUCGGUUUUAUUACCAGCGGCAUGAGAUCGGAACGAAUCCACAAAUUAGAACAGAAAUUCGCUUACCAGUUCAAGAACACGCAAAAUAAAAUAUUACACGGCUUCACGAGAGAUAUUUCUGCCUUACGAAAAAUUAUUAAUGAAGCUAACUUAAUAAAAAUUAAGCCUAUCUACGUGGAACCUUCUGUAGCAAUCCAUAGAAGCGCAAGUUGUCCAAUACUUACAUUCGACGUAGAACCAAGAGAUCCAGUGAUCAAACGAAAACGAGCUAAUUCCGAAAACAUUACGCUAUCCGCAAAAGACAUGCUUCGAAUACAAUCCGAUACAGAUCUACUUGGUAUCGAUAAGGAAAAGACCUUCACAGCGUCUGCUAUUGUUAAACCCGCCGAAUUACUAGCUAGAGUUGUAAACGUACUAGGAGGCCUCGAACAACCUAAACAAAAAUCCGGUAUUCACUUAUUUGACGACGAUCAUAUAUUAGCGAAUGAGAAACCUGCAUUCUUCACCAUCGGACCAGAGUUUACAAAUAAUUCACCAAAAAGAACAAGAGCUUUAAGCGUGGCCGUGCCAAAUUAUCGAAAAGAAUCUAUUGCGCCAAAAAUUAAUCACGACUAUACUUGGACGGAUGGUGACACUGGAGAAAAACUUAGAAAAGAAGCUAAUUUACGAAGCGGUAAAUUAUCUUUACCGUCGAAAGUACCACCGACACCGACAGGUGAUAACUAUCAACCACAAAGUUUUAUUUCCAAAAUGUUCUUUAGAAAACCUAGUGUUAUUGAUAAUCCUGCUGAAUAUCUUAAAAAUACAAUGAAGGGAAGGGUGAGCACCGCCCAAGGCAGCAACGAAAACAUCAAAGACAGCGCGAAAUCACGACGUGGAAGCAUUUUUCCAUCUUUCGGGUUUGGAUCAGAGGCUAAAGAUGAAGCAGAGGCAUAUAAAGAAAAAACUAAAAAGGGUAGACACAGUAUCUUUCCAUCAUUUGAUUUCAAUAGAGACGAAGAAAGUAUGGCAAAUGCUUACUUAGAGAAAACUAAGAGUGGGCGGCAUAGCUUUUUCCCAAACUUUGAUUUUUCUGAUGACGAAGAUGCGGCAGCUAUGAGAGCAUAUCAACAGAAACCUAAAAGGCACAGUAUAUUCCCUUCAUUUGAUUUUAGCGAUCCUGACGAAGAUCUUGCUGAACGAUAUAGAGAACAGACCAGACGUGGGAGACGAAGCAUAUUCCCUACUUUCAACUUCAGUGGAUUAACAAGCAACGACGAGGACACUGACACUGUAGACGAAGAUGAAGUGCAAAGAUAUCAAAACCGAACAAAGAGAGGAAGACUUAGUCUAUUCCCAUCUUUUGGUAAAACAAAGAAAAAUGACGAUGAUGUUAUGCCAGAAAGCUCUGAUGAACUCGUUGAUUACAAGAAUAAAACCCGGCGAGGUCGCAGUAGUCUGUUCCCAUCGUUUGGCAAAGAACGUAAAAAUAGUUCACCCGUCGGCGGGUCUAGUGAUCUUGAGAGUACCAUACGACAAUAUCAAAACCAGAGUCGGCAAGGUCGUAAUAGCUUAAUUGACUUUAAUGACGAAGAAGCCAGAAACGUCGAUGAUAGCAGAAGAGGAAGUCUGUUUUCUAAUGAUUUAGAAAAUUACAAGAACAGAACAAAACGGGGCCGCCGCAGUUUGUUUGAUCCAGAUGUAAAUAUUGCUAAUCUACCUGAAGACGAGCAAGUAGAGGUAUUAGAGAAUACUAGUGUUGCAGACCUCCUUCGCGCAUUAGCAGUAUUAGAGACGGCAGCUCAACCUUAUGGCUCAGGUACUGGUGAAGCACCAGGGCUGCUUGACUGGAUCACUGAUCCGACUUCCUCAAGAACACGAAAUUCGCAAAAGCAAGAUUACUCUGUACCUUCUCCACCAAGUCGAGAUGCCAAUGAAGAUUCGUCAGGUCCCAGACGUCGACGAGUAUCUGCUCGUGCUGCCGCCCCACAAUUCACUCCGACUUUAGCUACCGUAGUAGCUGGGACAGAGUUACAAAUAACAGCUAAGGCUGCGAGAGAAAAUCGUAUGACAAUGCUGUCGCAACCUCCUCCGCCAUAUUCAGAAACACCAAGUGAAGAGGAGCCGCAGAAACCUCGUGUUAGAAGAUAUUCGCCAGCUCCGACAGACCCCGGCAAAUCCACCGGUCCCGUGCCUAGGCUAUUUUCACGCAUGCGCAAAGAAAGCGCCAUUAAUAUAGAGGAAGGUGGAGAUUCCAGACGAAGUAGUUUAACAGAUAUUGUGAUAGAUAGUUUUAAAGACAAAACUUAACUCAGUGCCUUAUUAGCAGAAUUUUAGUUUUAUGUUCAGUAGAUAUUAAUUAUUUAUUAAAAUAUUUUGUAAUUAAAAUUAAUAUAAAUUAUAAGCCGUCCAUAGUACAA